AUGGAUCGCGAUUCGGUUAAACGUGUCCAUUCCACAGACCGUCACUCGAAGAGGUCUCGCAGCCACGAUCCAGAAAAAUAUUCAGUUGUGAAGCUUUAUAGGAAAAGAAGGCGAACUGAACGCUCCUCGCUUAGCAGACAGCGAUCGAGAUCCCGUGAAGCACGGAAAUAUUGGGGCGACGAGAUUGGCGGAGAACGUAGUCCGAGAGGCUCGUCACGUCAUGGUCGCCACCGUCCCACUAAGAUAUACCAAAAAUCGAGGGAACAUCGCUCGAGAAAAUCUAGAUACGACAAGCAUGGCGGUGAGCGACACACGAGAGGUGCGCCACGUCAUAGUCGUCAUCGUUCCCGUAGACCUCUAAGGGAGCGGCCACGCCGCUAUUCAACGUCCUCGUCUUAA